AUAGGAAUAGUUUGGACUUUGCAGCAACAUUGUUAAAAGUGCUUUAUAAUAAAAAAAAAACUAGCACUCAUUGAGUGAGGAGUUUGGAAAUUCUUACAAUAUUUUAUUGAGUUGUCAUUUUAAUCAGAGGAUUUCAUUCUUUGCUGAAGCUGUGGACGUGUCAAUUUCUGUGACAGUCUCAUUUAAAAAUCAUUUAUUCAAUUUCACGUUGUGUAAAUUGAUUUUUUUUCUCAUGCACAAAAGACAAGAGAAAAAUAUCCGGUAGUAUGAAAGUCUUUAAAACUAACAGUUGAUGAACUCUGCCAGCUGCCCUUUUUUUCAUUAAGAGGUCCACGUGGCUAUAAUUGCAACACUGUUCUCGAUUUCAUCAGUUGCUGACUGGGCAGUGGGAGGUCUCAGAAAUCACUUCCACUUUGACACACAGGAAGCACAAUCUGAUUGGCUGCUCGCACCCGGAGGUGUUACUUUAUAUUUGAGUGAAUGGCUGUAUAGCUUUAGUUAAAAAAAAACACUUAUUUAGACAGCGGUAGUGAUGUUCAGUAUAAAAAAGUUGUGAGCUGGAUUCUGUUCAUUUUAGUGACAUUAUUAUUGGAGAAACGUUUGCAGAAGAGCAAAAAAGGUUUUUAGAACAAAAGCUCUGAUAUUGAAGUUGCUGCCCACUCCUCAUCAUGCUGUGGAAAGCAGGUUUGAUCCACUGCUUCACCUCAGCUCUAUCGAAAAUAGGCCCUCAAGUAACCAAAUGUUGGCCAAUUUAUAGACCAGCAUCCAUUAAACGAUUUGCUCGGCACUGGAGCAAUGUUCCAUUUCUCACUGUUCCCCCACGGCGCACUCCAGGGAAACCAUUUGCCCAUCGGAGUGACCUGAAACAAGCCAAGCGCAUUGUCGUAAAGCUUGGUAGCGCGGUGGUGACACGAGGUGAUGAGUGUGGCCUUGCUCUUGGUCGGCUUGCUUCCAUUGUUGAGCAGGUGUCAGUUCUGCAAAACCAAGGUCGGGAGAUGAUGAUUGUAACAAGUGGAGCUGUGGCUUUUGGCAAGCAACGCCUGCGACAUGAAAUCCUGCUUUCCCAGAGUGUGCGACAGGCCCUGCACUCGGGCCAAAACCAGCUGAAAGACAUGACAGUUCCAGUUCUAGAAGCCCGUGCAUGUGCUGCGGCUGGACAGAGUGGCUUGAUGGCCUUGUAUGAAGCAAUGUUCACACAGUACAGCAUUUGUGCUGCUCAGAUUCUUGUAACAAACUUGGAUUUCCAUGAUGAGCAAAAGCGACGAAACUUGAGCAGCACACUUCACGAGCUUCUCCGAAUGAAUAUCGUUCCAAUUAUCAAUACUAAUGAUGCUGUUGUUCCCCCUCCUGAACCAAACAGUGACUUGCAGGGGCAGGUAAUCAGUAUCAAGGACAAUGACAGUUUGGCAGCAAGACUUGCAGUGGAGAUGAGAGCAGACAUGCUGAUUGUCCUUUCUGAUGUGGAAGGUCUUUUUGAUAGUCCACCUGGAUUGGAUGAUGCUAAGCUUAUUGAUACCUUUUAUCCUGGAGACCAGAAGUCUGUCACUUUUGGCACAAAAUCCAGAGUGGGCCUUGGAGGCAUGGAGGCUAAGGUGAAAGCAGCACUUUGGGCUCUCCAAGGAGGAACGUCUGUGGUCAUAGCAAGUGGGACCCAUCCAAAAGUAACUGGUCAUGUAAUCAAUGAUAUUGUCGAGGGGAAGAAAGUUGGAACUUUCUUCUCGGAGGUAAAACCUGCAGGCCCCACUAUUGAACAACAAGCAGAAAUGGCACGGGCUGAUGGACGAGUCAUGGCUUCACUACAGCCAGAUCAAAGGGCUGAUAUUAUUCACCGGCUGGCUGACCUCCUGACAGACAAUCGAGAUGAAAUCCUGAAAGCUAACGAAAGAGACAUGGAGAAAGCAGUGACCUUGGGUCAGAGCAAAAUUUCUUAUUUUUGGCCUUAUUAUCUGUGAUUUUCUAAGUAUUAUUGCACAUUAUAAAUGUUAUUUAUAGGUCAGGCAUGUUUGAGCUGUCCAGUGUGCAGAGAAACAUUCUUUGUGGAAGGCUAGGGGAUAAAAGCAGCCCUAGUAUAUCUGUCAUUCUACACAUUACAAAGUGUAAAGAGAAUCCAGGCAAUUCUUUUUCAUCAUCCCAUCGUCUUUUUCAUCAUCUUUUUUCAUCCUUGGCCCUUCACCUGCAUUGCCUUAACCAUUCAACUGUGUAAGGAGUCAUGUGAGACCAGCACGUAAUAUGAUUGUUAAGCCUGUUUUCAGAGAAUGAAAUCCAUUGUGGCCUGACUUGUUUCUGUAUUCUACGAUCAUUACAGUACAAACCCAUAACGAAAACAAAAUAAUUAAAGAAAGUUGCAGAACCCAAGGAAGAGUAAUGUUGAACUCCGAAUGUUAAAUCUGUUUCUCUCACUGCAGCUGCUGCCAAACCUGCUGAGUUUCUCCAGCACUUUGUUUUUAUUUCAGACCUCCAACAUUGCUUUUAUUUCAGUACAAAGCAAUAUUUAACUUAUGUAAUCAUGAUACAAAACCAAGCUACUCUUUAAGGUUUUAGAGUA